GUGUUUGUGUGUACAUAUUUGUGCACGUUAAAGGAGUGUGUUCACACGUUGUCUUUUUCUUCUAAUCCUGUUUUCUACUCCCUGACCGCAUGAAAGGUGCAUCAUAUAGCAGGACAGCCAAUCAGAGUUCAGCUGUUUGAAUUUAUGCCAGGGAUAUUUGGCUUGUGAGAUUUAAGUUGUGGUGGCAAAAGCCAGUAUUUUCAAUCCCUAAAAAAACACUGUCCCAGUGAGACAAGAUGCCCUAUACACCAUCUGGUUUCUUUUGCGAUCGGUUAAUCCGUGAAAGAGAGAGAAGGGAUGGCGAAGGAUCCCUGAGCAAACCCAUCCGUUUCAGUGGCCAGGACUACAACACCCUCAAGCAGGAGUAUCUCCAGAAGAAGGCCCUUUUUGAGGAUGAAUCCUUCCCAGCCACUGUGGACUCCCUUGGCUUCAAAGAGUUGGGCCACAAGUCCAACAAAGUCAAGAACAUUGUCUGGAAGCGUCCCAAGGAGAUAUGUGAUAACCCACAGUUCAUUGUUGGAGGCGCUAGCAGGACAGAUAUCUGCCAGGGAGAUCUGGGAGACUGCUGGUUGCUUGCAGCCAUUGCAUCCUUGACUCUGAAUGACAAGCUGCUGUAUCGUGUUGUACCUCAAGAGCAGAGCUUCUCUGAAGCGUAUGCUGGAAUUUUCCAUUUCCAGUUCUGGCAUUAUGGCGACUGGGUGGAUGUCGUUGUUGAUGACCGCAUUCCCACCUUCAACAACCAGCUGGUGUUCACCAAGUCAGCUGAAAGAAAUGAAUUCUGGAGUGCUCUGCUGGAGAAAGCUUAUGCUAAGCUUCAUGGUUCCUAUGAGGCUCUUAAAGGUGGAAACACUGCUGAGGGGAUGGAGGACUUCACCGGUGGAGUGACUGAAUUCUAUGAGAUGAAGGAGGCCCCUAAAGAGCUUUAUAAGAUCAUGAAGAAAGCUCUGGAGAGAGGCUCCCUCAUGGGCUGCUCCAUUGAUUCCCUGGUUCCAGCCCGCUUUGAAACUCGUACUACAACAGGACUUGUGAAGGGUCAUGCCUACUCUGUUACUGCUGUAGAGGAGUGUAAACAGUCCCAACAGAAGGAGUCUAAAAUUCGUUUGGUGCGUCUGCGUAACCCUUGGGGUCAGGUAGAAUGGAAUGGACCUUGGAGCGAUAAUUCAAAAGAGUGGGAAACCCUCUCUAAAUUAGAAAAAGAGAAACUUCAGCAUCAGAAUGCUGAUGAUGGAGAAUUCUGGAUGUCAUUUGAGGAUUUUAAGAAAAACUACACCAAAAUUGAGAUUUGCAACCUGACCCCUGAUGCUCUGGAGGAUGAUAAGUUACACAAAUGGACCGUGUCUGUUAAUGAGGGACGCUGGGUAAGAGGAUGCUCUGCUGGAGGAUGCAGGAAUUAUCCAGAAACAUUCUGGACAAAUCCACAAUACCGCCUGCGUCUCCUGGAGGAAGAUGAUGACCCGGAGGAUGAUGAAGAGGCUUGCACUUUUGUUGUUGCUCUAAUGCAGAAAAACAGGCGUAGAGAACGCAAGUUGGGUGCAAAUCUCUUCACUAUUGGAUUUUCCAUCUAUGAGGUUCCAAAGGAGAUGCACGGAAACAAGCAGCAUAUGCAGAAGGAGUUCUUCGUGUCUAGCACCUCUAAGGCUCGUUCCAGGGCCUACAUUAACCUCCGUGAAGUGACCCAGCGUUUCCGUCUGAGCCCUGGGGAGUAUGUCAUCAUUCCCUCCACCUACGAGCCCCACCAGGAAGGCGAGUUCAUCCUCCGCGUCUUCUCUGAAAAGAGAAACACCUCUGAGGAGAUAGAGAACAGGAUUGAAGCUGAUCAUCCAGUGCCGGCUCCGGCUUCGACUGGGGAAGAGAGCGAGGAGGACCAGCAGUUCCUGUCCUUUUUCCAGCAGAUCGCGGGGGACGUGAGUACUGGGGAGCCACUGAGCGCUGGGGGGAGUCAAAUGGAGAUCUCCGCCAAUGACCUCAAAGAUGUCUUGAACAAAGUGGUGUCUAAAUACAAGGACAUACACACUGAGGGCUUCAGUCGAGAGAGCUGUAGAAGCAUGAUUGCUCUCAUGGACGUAUCCUUUAUGGACGGAAAAGGAAGACUUAACCUGCAAGAGUUUAGACAACUGUGGAACAAAAUCAAACAGUGGCAGGGAAUCUUCAAAGGCUAUGACUUUGAUCACACUGGCACUAUCAGCAGCUAUGAGAUGAGAAACACCAUCAAUGAUGCAGGGUUCCGUCUGAAUAACCAGCUCUAUGACAUCAUCACCAUGCGCUAUGCCAAUGAAAACAUGAACAUCGACUUUGACAGUUUCGUCAGCUGCCUUGUGCGACUGGAGGGGAUGUUCAGAGCUUUCCAGGCCUUUGAUCAAGGUGGAGAUGGCACCAUCAGACUUAAUGUACUAGAGUGGCUUCAGCUAACCAUGUAUGCAUAGACCAACUAUGGAUCCAGGUGAGCCCGGACUCGGCAAGGACCAGAACCACCAGCUCUUACCUCAACACUCAAUGUGCCAGACUACUGUUACCUCUUUCUCUGUACCUCAGCCCACACUGAACACCAGCUCUACAAACUUAACACAU